UACACACGUUUUAACAGUGCUUUAAUAAAGUUAUAACUUCUGAUAAGCAUGCAAAAAUCAACCCCAAUCUCUUCCAUUGUAAGUGCCUCACUUACAUAUUCUUGCUGUCGAACUUGUAUUGAACCUGUAACUGGCUACAAAUGAAUGAUUCUCCAAAUUCUGUUGCAAGCGUGCGCUCCAAGCGAAGCAUUAAAGUUCCUUUCCUCACAGUUACUUGUGUGAGCUUGAUGUGUGUGUGUUAGUGCGUGCGGGUAGGGGAAUGUGGGUGUCGCUCUCGUCGCUGUGUAGAAUAAUUAUAUUGAGACAAGAGAGUCAUUUUCUGACUGGUGGCUGCAGAGAAGACUCAACAACUCAAGGUUUGUAGGACUGCUGUGCUCUGUAAUAGGGGUCCCGUGAACGGAUUUCAUCUGGGUUUUCGACAGGUUGGACUAGUGCACGAGCACAAUGUGGAUACAGUGUAUCCAAACAUGAUAUGAUGUCUCCAGAUCUGCAAUCCUGAACUCUUAAGUGGACCUAUGAUGCUCUGUCUAUGGAGAGAAGGCAAGGGUGCAAGCCACCAAAGAAGCACCAAGAACUCUCGAUUUGUUGUUGUCUGAGAAAUGAUAACAAAUGAACGACUCAGAAAGGAACAUGGUUGAAAGUACCAGUAAAUUUCUGUUGAUCGUCGUCGGAUCAGUGUUCUUCAUGCUGAUUUUGUAUCAGUACGUGGCGCCCGGAGUGAUCAACUUCGGCUCCCCGCACGGGUACCUUCUGGGCGAGGAGGACAUGACCAUUUUCCCCACUCCGGAUCCCCACUAUGUGAAAAAGUACUACUUCCCAAUCAAAGACCUAGAACGCAAUAUAGAUUUUGAAAUAAAGGGAGAAGACGUGAUUGUGUUUCUCCACAUCCAGAAGACCGGCGGGACCACAUUUGGGAGACAUCUGGUCCAAAAUGUUCGUCUGGAGCUGCCGUGUGAUUGUAGACCGGGGCAAAAGAAGUGUACUUGUUACCGUCCAAACCGAAAGGAGACCUGGCUGUUCUCGCGCUUCUCCACAGGCUGGAGUUGCGGGUUGCACGCAGACUGGACGGAGCUCACCAACUGCGUACCGGGAGUUCUCAACAAAAAAGAGAGCAGAUCGAAAAAAAUGAGAAAAUUCUACUACAUCACUCUGCUGAGGGACCCUGUUUCUCGCUACCUAAGUGAAUGGAGACAUGUCCAGCGGGGGGCGACGUGGAAGACUUCCCUGCACAUGUGUGACGGACGAACGCCUACGCCUGAUGAGCUACCACCGUGCUACGAGGGUACUGACUGGUCAGGGUGCACUCUGCAACAGUUCAUGGACUGCCCCUACAACCUUGCCAUUAACCGGCAAGUCCGUAUGCUCGCUGACCUCAGCCUGGUGGGCUGCUACAACCUCUCCACAGUGACAGAGAAAAGGCGUUCACAGCUCCUUCUGGAGUCAGCCAAGAAAAACCUGCGAGACAUGGCUUUCUACGGUCUGACGGAGUUCCAGAGAAAAACGCAGUACCUGUUUGAACGCACCUUCCACCUCAAGUUCAUCCGACCGUUCAUGCAGUACAACAGCACGCGGGCAGCCGGCGUGGACCUGGAUAACGACAUGAUACAGCGCAUAGAGGAGCUAAACGAUUUGGAUAUGAAGCUGUAUGACUACGCCAAAGACCUGUUUCAGCAACGCUAUCAGUACAAGCACAUGCUGGACCGUCGGGAGCAGAGAUUACUGAGGGGACAAGCAUCUUUCCACAACCUUUUCCGAGACGAAGGAGCCAGGGGAGAGGGUACGGCACGCCUGCCUACUGAGGACUACAUGAACCACAUUAUCAAUGGGUGGUAACCACCCACCCCUCUCCAGAGAGAGAGAGACAGAAAGGAGGAACAGUAACAAGGAGAGGGGAAUAAACAAGCCCAGGUGGAAUACCCAUUCCCAAAUGGAAGAGGUCAACGUUUUGCACAAUCUCUCCCAUCGUUAUGUCGUGUAUACUCUAUACAAGCUGUAAUUUGGGACCAGAGAAUGUUCUGUUAAAGCGUUUUGGGAAGUGCAGCAUUUCAUAGGCUUUUUAAACAAACUUUCUAGUAUAAUGCUAAUAAUAAAUUAUUCUCCUAACAUCCAUCCAAGUACUCUCUGGACCUCAGUGCUGUAGUGUUUCAUUUCACAUAAGUGUGAUUGAAGUGAAUGGAACGGGUAUUAUAUUACCUGAGAAUACCUGAUAUACACAUGAAAAUCUGAGAAUCUAUAGACUUUCGUGAAAAUGAAAAGAGAUUGUUUUUAUAUAUAAAUAUGUAUAAAUCUUAGAUUGCCUUUUUUAAAAACCUGAUGUGAAGUGCAGCCAAUUACAAGUGAUUGCAAAUUACUAACAGGAGUUGUAACAAGAGUAUGUUUUUAUAGAUAUAUCAUAAUAUAUAACACGAGUCCCCCCACCCCCUCACAUGCCCUGGAUGUUGUGUUAGUGAGAAAGCCAUUCCUGACAGUCACAUUAGCUCUGUUUUAAACCUAGUGAGCUGUGUCCGGAGGUCCGAUGCAAAGGCUGUCCCAAAUGGAAGGUAACUUAAAGGAAUAUUCUGGGUUCAUUACAAAUUAAGCUCAAUCAACAGCAUUUGUUGCAUAAUAUUGAUUACUACAAAAAUGUAUUUUGACUUGCCCCUCCUUUUUGUUAAAAAGAAGCUAAAAUCUGGUUUACAAUGAGGCACUUACAAUGGAAAUGAAUGGGCCCAACAUUAAAAUUCUCACUGUUUCAAAAGUAUAGCUACAAGAUAUAAACAAUAUGCAUAUUUAAAUGAUUUUAGUGUGAUAAAUUGCUUACGAACCUUUUCUGUGUAAAGUUACAUUUUACAACUUUUCAAUGUCAACAAACCCUAAAACUACUAUAAAAAUGAUGAUUUAAACAAUUUUACUGCUCAAAUUAUACAUGGGUUUUAACAGAAGAAUUAAUUUACAGUAAGUGCUCUUAUAAAAUUAUAAGUUUAAUAUUUCUACCUUUUUAAACCUUCCAAAAAUUGGCCUCAUUCACUUCUAUUGUAAGUGCCUCACUGUAUCCUCGAUUUUUUUUUCGUUCUUUUCCUUUUUUUUUUUUUUUUUUUUUGGCGUAAUCGACAUGAUGUCACAAAUGCUGUCGAUUGUAUUGAACCUGGAAUAUUCCUUUAAGUUUUCUGCCUCUUGUUUUGGCCAAAUUUGAACAGUAUAGUAUGUAUUCUUCACAGAGAAAAUAGUUCCAUAAAGCACUGUAAUGAGCUCUGUGAAAAAAUAUUUCAACUCUAUUCCAUGACAAGUUUAGACCUAUUUUAAAAAUAAAGUGUGCUGCACUUGAAGAGCACUAUUUGUGUGGCAUGCAAAGUUUGCGCCCUAUGUGGAGCAUUCCAAACCAGUCACUUAAAGGUGCACGACAUAAUAUUCUUGUUUAUGUUGCGGUGACGCCUAGUGUUGUAGAUGACGGAUCACGCAAAAACAGACGUUCUUAGUUACCGAUGUCUUUACUAAAUGUAUUCAUUUAUUUGUGGAUGAACUUGUCGAGAUAAAUAUAAUUAAUCUGGUCAAAUAAUCUCAACACGGAGGCACUCAUGAAUGUGCACCCAGCACCAACUGUAGGAUCAAGCAGCUAUUUCUCUUAGAAUGAUAAGACUACAGUCUUCAUCUCAUGUGAGUGUACAUCAUUUUAAACCUAUUUUAAAAAAAAUACUAUUCUACUAUUACUAUUUUCUUCUGUUGAAAGGUUUAGCAGCAAAAAAAUUAUUGAGUGCACCUUUAAGAGGUUCCUUGUCUAUGCUAUGGAAGGCAGCUGACUAUGUAGGCAGGAUGCAGCGAGACAGCUCUCUAGGUUUUGGAGUUAUUUCUGAUACCCACUGCGCCAACUAUGCCCUCAUGUACAAUUGUUUUUAUAUUUUUUUUAAGCAUGUGCUGUUAAUACAGUGUGUACUCUACUUGUUUGUUUUUGCACAUUUACAUUUGCUGUGAGAUUAAUAAUUUUACCCAUAAUGCAAUGCAGUUCACCCUAUACAUUUUGCCUCUUGAAUGAUUUACCUUAAAUGAAAACAAUAUUUUAACAGCGCUCUUAUUUGUUCAUUUUCUGGUUAUGAUUCACAUCUUUUGCCCUUGUUAAUUGUAGAGUUCACGAACAUGUCAAAUGUGUUAAUUGAACUUGCACUGAGCAUGUUGGGGCCCGACAUCUCUCACAGAUCUCGUCUGGUUCUGCGUUUGUUGUGGAUGUCUACAGAGGCUCCUUAACUCCCAUCGUUCCACCUCCUUUCAGCAGAAGCUAUUGAAGCCAUGUUUAGACCCAUUUGAUAAAGCCUUUAUAAAAGAGUGAAAUGGAUCAUAUGCUGUGUCUGGAUCUCAAACUGGCAGAAUACUGAAGGAACCCUGCUUUAAUCGAGAGAAUUGAGUGGAAAAAAAAAAUGUGAGAGAGAGAGUGAGAGUGUGAGAGAGAGAGUGAGUUCAUGUAUACAAAUGUAUAUUUGUGGGUGUGUGAGCAAACUAUUUUGAGGUGUCUCCAGUUUACUUCCCAACAAUGUUCAUUACUGUGAGUUUUUCUGUUAUUCAUAACACCUGGAUGUUUAAAAUGACCUAUUAAAAGAUA